GGGGCCGCCGGGGCCCGGGGAGGCUGGGCGGGCGGCCCGGCCCCGCGCCGCCACCGCCGCCUCCUCCCGGCGGCCGCCCCGGCACCAGGCGAGCGCGCAGAGCUGGCGGGAGCCCCCGCCGCCCCCGGGCCCCCGGCCAUGUCGGCCGAGGAGAUGGUGCAGAUCCGCCUGGAGGACCGCUGCUACCCGGUGAGCAAGAGGAAGCUCAUCGAGCAGAGCGACUACUUCCGCGCGCUCUACCGCUCCGGCAUGCGCGAGGCCCUGAGCCCGGAGGCCGGCGGCCCCGAGGUGCAGCAGCUGCGCGGCCUCAGCGCGCCGGGCCUGCGCCUGGUGCUGGACUUCAUCAACGCCGGCGGCGCCCGCGAGGGCUGGCUCCUGGGCCGGCCAGGGGAGCCGGGCUGCGGGGCGGCGGCGGAGGAGGAGGACAUGGACGAGGUGAGCCUGCUGGCCGAGCUGGUGGAGGCGGCCUCGUUCCUGCAGGUCACGUCCCUGCUGCAGCUGCUGCUGUCCCAGGUGCGGCUCACCAACUGCCUGGAGCUGUACCGCCUGGCGCAGGUGUACGGGCUGCCCGACCUGCAGGAGGCCUGCCUGCGCUUCAUGGCCGUCCACUUCCACGAGGUGCUGUGCAAGCCCCACUUCCACCUCCUGGGCUCCUGUCCUCAAGUCCCCGGGGAUGUCAGCCUGAAGCAGAGGCUGAGAGAGGCCCGGAUGAGCGGGACCCCUGUCCUCGUGGCGCUGGGGGAUUUCUUGGGGGGACCCUUGGCCCCUCACCCCUACCAAGGGGAGCCCCCCUCCAUGCUCAGGUACGAGGAGAUGACUGAGCGCUGGUUCCCACUGGCCAACAACCUUCCUCCCGACCUGGUGAACGUCAGGGGGUACGGGUCCGCCAUCCUGGACAACUACCUCUUCAUCGUGGGCGGGUAUCGGAUCACCAGCCAGGAGAUCUCCGCGGCACAUUCCUACAACCCCUGCACCAACGAGUGGCUCCAGGUGGCUUCCAUGAACCAGAAGAGGUCUAACUUCAAACUCGUGGCUGUUAAUUCAAAACUCUAUGCCAUUGGUGGGCAGGCUGUUUCUAACGUUGAGUGCUACAACCCUGAGCAGGAUGCCUGGAAUUUCAUGGCACCCUUACCAAACCCUCUGGCAGAGUUCUCUGCGUGUGAGUGUAAGGGGAAAAUUUAUGUCAUUGGAGGAUAUACUACGAGAGACCGGAACCUGAACAUCUUGCAGUACUGCCCCUCCGCUGACAUCUGGACGCUCUUUGAGACGUGCGACGUCCACAUCCGCAAGCAGCAGAUGGUGUCGGUGGAGGAGACCAUCUACAUCGUGGGCGGCUGCCUGCACGAGCUGGGGCCCACCCGGAGGGGCAGCCAGAGUGAGGACAUGCUCACCGUGCAGUCCUACAACACUGUCACCCGCCAGUGGCUCUACCUCAAGGAGAACACGUCCAAGUCGGGCCUCAACUUGACGUGCGCGCUUCACAACGACGGCAUCUACAUCAUGAGCAGAGACGUGACCCUGUCCACCAGCUUGGAACACCGAGUCUUCCUCAAGUACAACAUUUUUUCAGAUAGUUGGGAAGCCUUUAGGCGUUUCCCAGCCUUUGGACACAACUUGCUGGUCUCCUCACUUUAUCUGCCCAAUAAAGUAGAAACAUGACUGAAUUGACUUAGUAUUUCAAAGAAACCUGGUUCAAAACCAAAAAAGAAAAAAAAAGUGUCCAAUUUUGAGAGAGACUGAUUUUUAAAGGGAAAAUGUGGGUUUUAAGUCAUUUAUAAAAAAUAGCUGUAAAUAAGCUUACUUGAACUAAUUACUUGAAAACUUGUGGAGAAAAGAGACCAAGUUUAUUAUUUUUUUAAUUAUUGAUUUUUAAAUUAUGGGAGCAAAUCCAUGGUAAUGUUUUUGUACAAAUGUGAUACCCUUGGCCAAUGACUAAAACUGAUCCUCAGAAAGAAGAUUCAUUGCGCCUGCUUGGUAAAGAGCCAAAGUCAAUAAUUGGCAUGAAUGGUAGAGAUGAUUGUAAAAUCAAUUUUAUUUAGGUCACUUGAAAUAUCAUUGAUACCUUGAGAGAUUUUUUUUUUUUUUGGUUUUUAAUUUACUUGACAAACAUAUUAACACCCCGUCACACCCAUAUAUAUUGUAGAGUGUUUAAAAUAGGGUUCUAUGUUCAUAUAUUUUAUUUGCACACGACUUUCCAGGAAACUUACACCAAUGGAACCCAGCACCUAGUUUUCCCCAAAAUCUGCAUAAAAAUAGUCUCAGCUAUUUUUCCAGUCUUUUUUUUACAGGUAUGAAUGCUGAGUAAAUAGGCAGGUAUAAUGUCUUACUUCAUUUAUGUAGCAGAUUGCAGAUUUGUGUGGUCAGAAAGGUUAUACUGCUAGGCAUUCUCUAUUUCUUAAAAGAGAGGAUAUAUUGUUUAAAAGGAUGGAUCUCUAUAUUUUCAAAACCGAGUCUUAAAUUUAAAUGGGAAGGGAAGGAAGCACAAAUAAGGGGGAAAAUGCCUUUGAGAGUUACUUUUAUUGAAUGUAUUUGACUUAGUUCUUUUUUUAAGUUUGAAACAAUAACUGUAUAUUUAGGUCAGGCACCUUUCGAAUUUAAUCUUGGCUUUUUAAUUCAUGCUUUGCUUUUGUGGGGUAAGGUGAGGGUAGCUUGAAACGUUUGUGCUAGAGAGAGGGGAAGAAGCCCCUGCAGAGAUGGAAUGGCAUCUGGUGGGAUUUGUGGAAUUCGGGAAGGUGCUCUGCUUGCCUUGGUUAUUAAAUCGCGUGGAACUCAGCUCAAGCAGUUGUUUGUUUACAGUAACUCAGUUAAUAAAAUCUUCUGCCACAUCUUGGAGAUAUUGCGGUUUGGUUCCAGACCACUGCAAUAAAACAUAUAAAGCAAGUUGCAAGAAUUUUGGGGUUUCCCAGUGCAUAUAAUGGUUAUGUUUACACUAUACUAUAGUCUGUUAAGUGUGCAAUAGUAUUAUGUCUAAAAAAAAUAUAAUUUAAAAAUACUCUAUUGCUAAAAAAUGCUAACCAUUAUACCUGACAAGGUGGUGUUGCCACAAAUCUUCAAUUUGUAAAAAACACAUUAUCCUCAAAGUGCAAUAAAGUGAAGCACAAUGAACCGAGAUAUGCCUAUGUACACACGCGUAAAAAUAUUUCAUUUUCAUUGAAAAACAAUUUCUGAAAUUCUCUGAUUUUUUCCAGUGGAAUAAGUUUAAACUGUGAGCUGGAUGCUAUCUUUGUCCUAACAUUCCAGUUUCAACAUGCCUCACUUUAAAAAAGUCCUAGCGAAAAAAACCUGCUACUGCAAAUGCACGCAUUCAGCGUACUCGCCGAGUGCUGCAGUGUGCGUUCAUCGUGCAGGCGUACACAGGGGAGUCAGGGACCUGAGCAGGCCUCAGUUUACCCAAGGAGUCACCACAGGGUUUCUUUUCAACUGUGGCCGCCUCAUAUAUUUAAAAUAAGGGUCUGGUCGUGAAAAUUCUAGUUGCACAACUUUUCAGGAAUACUUCUAUUCGGUAAAGUGAGGUAAGUCUUCAUUGCGGACGUGGAGAGAGAUCUUUGUAUCUUGUCACCAAAUAAUCUUAUCACUACUCUCCUUACAACACUGUUUAAGGGUUUAUAAGCCAUGUCCAUUUAUUCUCAAAUUCUUAGCCUUUUGUUUUUUUUUUUUAAAAGAAAACUCUGAACUGAAAUCCUCCUGGGAAUGGUACUUUAGUAAUAGAUUUAUAUUAAUUUAUAUUCAUUAUAGAAUUGAAUUUUCAGUGACCAAUAAUUUCAUUACAUAUAUUUAAAAAUCUAACUUAUUUUGGUGUACUUUUGUUACUAUAGAUCUUAGCAUCUUUAAGGCUUAACCUUAUAUAUUCAUAAGAUUCUAGCCAGUUGAAUGAAUUCUGGACAAACAAUUGGAGAUUAGCUCUUAAAUACCCACAUUACGAAAAAAAAUACAAUAUUAUUCCUGCCAACCAGUUCUCUCCCUGAUUACAUUCCUUGGGUCUGUUUUCCUAAUGCCGACAAUUAGAUUCUUGGACCAAGUGAGGGCAUACUCUGAUCCACAAAGCUGUUUUUCUAAACCAGGUUUGUUGUGUGUGUGUGUGUGUGCAUGCGCACGUGCAUAUCUCUGUGUGUGCGCACACGCAUCGGGCACAUUAAGCUCUCUCUAAGAUACGCAGACUGUUCCUCGGGGCUGCCAGUGAUACUUGGGUAAAGUGGAAAGUGCUGUCGGAUAGAUCUGUGGAUUUGGGACAUUAUCCUUCCUGCUGUACACAUCAGCUGUGUUGACAUUUUGAGGGUAAUUUUAAUUUAGCCCCGUUGUCUGACGGGUGCCAGUGUUUUACUGAAGGUUGCACCUAUGGUGAAGGCAAGGUUGCUUGGGAAGUCUCCCUUUAUUUCCUCUUUCUCUCCGUGCUUUCUUCUUUUCCGAGGUGCUUCUGAGGGGUCUGACCUCCCACUGUGGAGAGGGGAGUUACUGGGAGGACCCCCGUGGUGGCCACCCUGCCAGCAGCAGCCUGUGUCACCGAGAGGGAGUCCUGAGUGUUCAGUGUUAGAGGGAGGUUGUUGGUUCUUCCUGUCAUCCUUCCUGGCGUUCUCUUCUGCACUUAGUUGCAGAGGCCUCUCCCUUUAGCAGUCUUUAAAAGUUUUCCUGAUAAAUGUGUAGGAGUUGAUCAUUUCAACCAUAUUUGUUAAAUCUUAACAGUGAAGUACUGAGAAGGUUAUGGAUCCUAGUAAGAAACAAGUAGGUUAAGAUUAAGCAUGAAAUACCAAAGAGAAUUUAACUCUGCCAGUUUUUGAACCAAAAUCCUAAGUAAUUCCAAAUGCCUUAGAUAUCAAUUAAAGCUGUACUGAGAUGGACAAAGCUCUUUCUCUACCGAGAGUCAUCAAGUAACUGCCUGUUCUCUUUCGAUGAACCAUUACUUACUGAGCAUUGUGGAUGCCGUGUUUUCAGAUUUCCGGGUAAAGUCACGACCCUACCUGUUUGGCCUCACAAGUAAGUCGAGUGGAAAGGCUUUGGGCUUCCUGGUCGACCAGCAUUUAAUAAGCAGGGGCUUAAUGCAGAGUACUCGAGAGACCACAUAGCAGCAGAAGGGGAACAUGGGUGAGUUGUUGGAUGCCUUCCUCCUAGACCAGGGGUGGGGAACACAGAACAUCGGUGCCACCGUUCUUUCCGGGUGGCACUGUGAGUGAGCGGCCCUCCUCUCCUCCAUGGCGGCCAUUGCUCUUAAAAUGCGUGCCAGUAAUGUUUCCAGCAUCUGAUACCAGUCCAUCAGUGUGAGAUGAAGUCUAUUUGUUAUCCCUGCCGUAGGCAGAGGAGGGAAUGAAUUACCUGAGUAGCCACCACCCAAAAUGGCUUUGAAAGCAGUGAGCUGAUUCAGCUCCGUUCCCUGGUUCCCAGAAAUAUAUAUGAAGUAUCUACCAUGUGCAAGAAAGUGCUAAGAAGUGGGGAUACAGACAGAAGUAAGCCACCAUCCCUGGCCGUGAAGAGCUUACAGCCUUGUGAAAAUAUUUGCCGUGACGGUCGUAACUAGACUGUUCGUCUGGAAGAUGCCCACUUUUGUCAGGUGCACUGGGGCUCCCUGGCCUUCCUGCCCCUUCAGUCCUGUCCCCAGUUUGUCCCCUACUUUAUGGUUGACUAACUGUCGUCAUGAACCAGCUCUUCUCUAGAUUUGAACGUCACGUCCUCUGGUUUUUGUGUUUCACAGUGUGCUCUUUUCUCACUACUUUCCAUAGUCCUCUCUGUACUUCAUUUUUCAGAAAAAAAUCAUAUGAGAUCUGCUUUAUUUAAAAAUCCUUACUAGGCACCACAGCUUAUGGAGCUGAGAGCUUAGCAGCUUGAUCUCAUGAAAAGAAGCAGGUAUUGGGAGAGAAGCCAGCUGUUCACGUGUGUUUAUACCUAUGCCUUUAACCCACUCCAUAAAAAGUAUUAAUAAGGAAGUGGACAUUGAGACGCUAGUCCUGACUGAAAGUCAGUUGGUUUUUGCCUUUGGGAUAUCUCUCAAGGGUAUGUUCCAGUCACGUGAGAGUAUUUAUUUUUCAUUUUCUGGUGUUAACUUAGGAACACGAUAUAAAAUACAUACCAAUUGACACAGGCUGACUUCUGCACUUGACAUAACCAUUUUUAUCCAUUCCUGUAGGAGACAGAGUAAAUGUAAAAGAUGGUCAAUUUUGAGUAGCAAAGGGUGUUGAAAUGACCUUGAUAGGCUUGGCUGGUGCUUUGUCAAAUGGAUGUCAUAGUUUAUUACUAAUAAAGAGAAGGAAAAUGUCAUUUACAUUACUGUGUCAUUUUUCUAAAAUAAACCCCAAAUUAAUAGGGGCUCUUUACAUGUCUCUAUAAUGUUUUCAUAUCUAGCGGUCAUUUUAGGAAAAAUGAUAAUCUGUAGGAUGAAUAGUUAUGUUUCGUUAUGACUGAUACUUUCUUUGUUAAAAGGUUGUAUUGAGUCUCCAAUGUCAAGUGUGGCUUAAAAUGUAAACAUAUCACAUGAUUCAUUUAAGUACAAUGAUGCCUGUGAAGCACUCACUCAAACAGCAUUCCUUGUCUGUUUAGAACUACAGGAGAAAAUCUCUUCCAAUAAAAUAGUCCUAA